AUGAUACUGCUGCCACUUCAUUUCUCAUUUGAUGAUAUCACCCAGGAGAAUAGUGACAGAGUCAACCUAAGUCAGAUACACCUGACACAGAGUCCUCACAUCGCAGGAAGGGACCGCGACUUUGAGCUUGUGGCCUACCUCAAGAGUAAAUUUACAGAAUAUGGACUGGAUUCUGUAAAGUCCACGCCGUACCAGGUUCUCCUGUCGUAUCCAGACAACGAGAAUCCCAAUACUGUGCUGAUUGUGAACAACACAGGCGGGGAGACUAUCGUCUUCGACUCCACUUCCACCGAGAGCAACAUCUCUCAACUUGAGGGAGUUAUCCGCCCUUUUCUGGCUUACUCCCCCUCUGGUGUAGUCAACACUUCCAAGCUGGUGUACGUGAACUACGGACGAGUUGAAGAUUUCGAAUUUCUGAGGACAAACUACAACAUAACAUUUAAUGACUCUAUCGUCAUUGUGAGAUAUGGCAAAAAUUUUAGAGGAAGCAAGGUAGAAAUCGCCGCGCGCUACGGGGCUUUGGGGGUCAUCAUCUACUCAGACCCUGCGGACUACACCUGGUCUAGAGACCCCCGGUAUUUUCCAGAAACGUGGUUCCUGCCAUCUAGUGGCGCACAAAGAGGCAGCCUCUACACCGGCGUGGGAGACCCUCUGACCCCUGGGUAUCCAUCUAUAGCCACAGCUUAUCGAUACAACGAGAGCAGCACACCAACACCUUUGCCAACCAUACCAGCACACGCCAUGGGCUAUGGAGGGGCGAUACACUUUCUCAAAGAAAUGCAAGGAGACGAAGUUCCCAAAGACUGGAGAGGUGGCUUGAACAUCCCCUACAGGCUGGGCCCAGGGCUUACUCCUGGACUCUCACUUCGCAUGAAGGUUACAACAACUAACAGCAUUAGAAGGGUGGACAACGUGAUAGCGACGUUGAAGGGAGACGUGGAGCCUGACCGCUACGUGUUGAUGGGAAACCACCGCGACGCCUGGGUGUACGGCUCCGUUGAUCCUUCAGGCGGAAUGGCCGUCAUGAUGGAGGUGGCCAGAGCUAUGGGCCAGCUGGUCAAGAACAAGAGAUGGAGGCCACGCCGUUCUAUCAUGUUCUGUUCCUGGGGAGCGGAGGAGUAUGGACUUAUUGGUUCUAGUGAAUGGGCGGAGCAAUAUGUCAAGUCGCUGGGGGCGAGAGCUGUUGCUUACCUCAAUAUUGAUGUCGCUGUGGGAGGUAACUUUUCCCUUUAUGCUUUGGGGACACCCCUGAUGUACAGAGCUGUUUAUGAGGCUACCAAAAAGCAUCCGGCUUAA